UGACACCAUGUACUGUAGAUCCCGAACCCAUCACGUUGAAAUAGCUCUUAGCUCCAUGUCCCCAUCUCGCCUGGUUCGCAGACAGUAAUGGUAUCACAUUGAAAUUUGAACGCCGGUCUUUUACAGUCUUGCAACAGACGUUUAGAUUUUAUUUGCCGUAUUUGAUGCGCGUAGUGUCAAACGCUGCAUUGAAGCUACUUGCCUCCGAAGCCGGAGCGAUUUGUGCGUCUCAAUUCAGUCCUUCAAUUUAACAACGAACGCCGUCGCUGUUGUCAUAGCCGAAAGACGCACAUAGAUGUAUCUCUAGGCCCUAGCGAUAGGCUUCCCCAUCUAAUCACCCAGUUGUUGAAAGGACAUAGCUCACUCUAUUACCACUGCAGGUCGGUGAACUGGGCGCGGCAUCGAAAAGAGCAUGAUCGUCACGGUGGCUACUGCUCAGUUGAUAGGUGCUUUUUUGUACACACUUGGAUACGGUGUUUAUCUGGUAGUCUUUCCUCGAUGUCUAGCUCUUCUCAGAAGGAUGGAGGUGAAGGGUUACGUGUUAGUAUAUCUCCUGUUCACCUUGGUUGGGAGCUUCAUUACAAUCACAAUGCAGACGUAUGUCGUGCCAUGUUCGCCUUUACUACGAAUUGGGACCAACCGUCGUAUCCCGACAUGUAUUAUUCAAAUCUCGACACGACCCUGACACUCACGAAGAAUACCUGCUACAUCAUCGUGACCAUCAUCGCAGAUGCACUGAUUGUUUAUCGAACCUUCAUCGUUUGGAACAGGAGCUACCGAGUUAUCAUCAUACCGAUAGUCCUUCUCGCAGGAGAUAUUGCUACUUCCAUAUGGUUCGACUGGUCACAUACGGCCGGUAGCCCUGCUGACAUGGUCAUACAUUCGCCAACUUGGGCUUCUCUCAAGUAUUUUUGCGCAUUAACACUCGCGCUGAACGUUCUUUGUACAUGCAUGAUUGCUGUUAAGAUAUGGUGUAUUCAAAGGGACGUCGAUAUGCUUGUCUUCCAGCGAGGCACUCGUCGUCUGAGUAAGAUCCUUGCAAUCAUCCUGGAAUCAGCUGCUAUCUAUUCCGCUUUCCUAUUCGCUGUACUUGGUUUGACCAUCGCCGAAUCUGGUGCUAUGUUCAUUGUACUCAACCCGAUCCCACCCGUUAUUGGUAUUGUGUUUGCGUACAUGAUCAUCCGCAGUUCCAACACCUCGUCUCGCGUUGACAUGUCGGUCGCGCUUGCGCAUCAAACUGAAAAUAACCUCAGUCGACAAACGACAAGGCGCACACGGUCCCUCUCGAAUAAUUUCCAUUCAGGCAUGGAUCAAUCCAGCCAGUCGGAUAUUGGGACUGGCGCAGAAAGUUUACGGAAGGAUGAUCUGGAUGCCUGAUUAUUUAGUUUGUAUGAUAUUUUAUCAUUGUAGUUCAUAGCUGAAUCUUAUAGAGUAGACAUAAUGUAUUAUUUCCACGCGAUUAUGUUAAACCAUGCAAGACGUGAAUCUGGCCUACUUGACCUCACGUAUCAUAAUUGAAGCUAUUUGCCUAUCU